GGUGAAUCGAAAUCACGCGUGGCUGGUGACGGCAUGAGACGGCAGCAUCGCAUCAUUCCGGCAUUUGCGUAGAUGAAGCGAGAUUCACCCAUGAUAUCCGCCGAGGGGUUCCUGGCCGAAGGUACGGAAACGUUCCACACGACUGUGUCCCGGUCGAUGGAGAAAGCGUUGGGCCAUGACCUGCCCCAAGUCGAGAUUCGAUUCCAUGACUUGUCCAUCACUGCCGAACUCGUCCUGGCAUCCAAAGAAGGCAAACACGAGCUGCCGACGCUGUGGAACCACGCCAUGAAGUCAUUCCUCGGCCUCUGCAGGGCCAAACACACCAGGACCAAGACCAUUGUUCACCCAGUCACGGGCGUCCUGAAGCCAAGCACGAUGACGCUUGUGCUUGGUCAACCCGGCUCUGGCAAGUCGUCCUUCAUGCAAGCAUUGGCGGGCAUUUUCCCCGUCUCCAAGUCCUCCAAGGUGGACGGCGUCAUCACGUACAACAGCCGAACGAAAGCGGAGUUGGUCGAUCGCCUGCCGCAGUUUGUCUCGUACACGGGUCAGCGCGAUCACCACUACCACACUCUGAAUGUACAAGAAACUCUUGAAUUUGCACAUCAAUGCAGCGGCGGCGCGGUCGUGCCGCGCCAUGUCCUCGAUGCCCUCGUCAACGGGGCAGACGAUGACAAUGCAGUGGCUGUUCGGAUCAUUCAAGCGCUGUACGCGGUCUACCCUGACGUGGUUGUGCAGCAACUUGGGCUGACAAAUUGCAAGGAUACGGUCCUCGGGAGCGCGAUGCUACGUGGUGUAUCUGGCGGCGAGCGCAAGCGCGUGACCAUUGGAGAAAUGGGCUUUGGCAUGAAACCAGUCUCUCUGCUGGACGAAAUCAGCACUGGUCUCGACUCGGCGGCCACAUACGACAUCAUCAAGGCUCAGCAAAGCGCGUCCCGCCAUUUGAAGAAGACGAUUGUUGUCGCGCUGCUGCAACCCGCCCCCGAAGUAUUUGACCUUUUCGACGACUUGAUUUUGUUCAACCAAGGUUUUGUCAUGUACCAUGGCCCGCGUGCCGCCGCGUUGGCGUACUUUGAAGCGAUGGGGUUCAAGUGUCCGCCGACAAGGGACGUGGCCGACUUUUUGCUCGACUUGGGGACGCCACAGCAGGACCAGUACGUUUUCAGGACGGGAGUUCCCCGCCUCCCAAGCGAGUACGCCGAUCUGUUCCAGAAAUCCUACACGUACCACGCGAUGUUCGAGUACGUCGUCGGCCCGACGAGCCCGCAGCUCUUGGCCUUUGCGACCAACGAUAUGCAUGUGACACCUAUGUUUUACAACUCAUUUACGUCAAGCGUGGUGCUGCUCAUUAAACGGCAGUUGACCGUGCUGCUUCGGAACCGCGCGUUCAUCAUCUCUCGGGUCAUCAUGACGUUGAUGAUGGGACUGCUGUACGGGAGCAGCUUUUACCAAAUGGAUCCCCAGCUGCCACAGGUCGUGAUUGGCGUGACGUUUCAAUCUCUCUUGUUCUUCAUCGUGUCCCAAGUCCCAAACCUUCCCGCCAUCCUCGACAGCCGCCACAUUUUCUACAAGCAGCGCGACGCCAACUUUUACAGCACGCUGAGCUUUGUCGUGGCGCACUCGGUGUCGCAAAUCCCAUUUGCUGUGGUCGAGACGCUUGUGUUUGGCAACAUCAUGUACUGGAUCGCUGGCUUUGUCAACGAUGCGGCCGCAUACUUGACAUACAUGGCGAUGCUGUUCCUCGUCAGCUUUGCGUUCUCGGCCUGGUUUUUCUUCCUCGGGAGCGUGUCACCGGACCUGCAUGUCGCGAAGCCGGCAGCCAUGAUGUCCGUCGUCGUGUUCAUCUUGUUUGGAGGGUUCAUCAUUGUAGAGAAGGACAUUCCAACGUACUUUAUGUGGCUGUUCUGGAUCAACCCGAUCGCAUGGGUCAUGCGGGCGCUUGCCAUCAACCAGUACACGGCCCCGGAGUUUCAAGUCCACCAAUACAAAGGAGUCAACUACAAGCGUGCGUUCAACUUUAUCAUGGGUGACGCUCAGUUGCGCCUGUUUGACUUCCCCACGGAUACCAAGUGGAUUGGAUACGGCAUGGCGUUUAUGGCCCUGUGCUAUUUCCUCUUUACGACCUUGUCUUUUGUCGUUCUCGAGUUCAAGCGCCACCACGGCCAUGGCCACAGCAACGCCCCCGUCACCCUCACGCCUGAUGCCUCUACAACGCUGAAUGACGAUGACGACGCUGGCAUGUACGUGGAGAUGCCCGCGACGCCGCAGGAUGUGGCGAUUGCGUCAAAAACGACGCUCGCUCCAACCAUCCCAACCAUCGACGUUGUUCCGGUCACGGUGGCGUUUCAGAACUUGGGGUACGUUGUCCCCAACCCCAAGAAAGGUGAGCCGGACCUGCACUUACUCACCAGCGUGACUGGGUACGCGCUUCCGGGGACGAUCACGGCGCUCAUGGGGUCGACUGGUGCUGGAAAGACAACCCUCAUGGACGUGAUUGCCGGCCGAAAGACGGAAGGCACCAUCACGGGCAGCAUCUUGCUCAACGGGUAUCCCGCAACGGACUUGGCGAUGCAGCGGUGCACGGGGUACUGCGAACAAAUGGACAUUCAUAGCGAGAGCGCGACGUUUCGAGAAGCGUUGACGUUUAGUGCCAUGCUCCGUCAGCCGAGCGAAGUCUCGACCGCGACCAAACUGGCGUUUGUCGAAGAGUGUUUGGCCAUGUUGGACCUGACCACUCUCGGAAACACGAUCAUCCGUGGCAGUUCCGUCGAGCAAAUGAAGCGGUUGACAAUUGGUGUCGAGUUGGCGGCGGCCCCGAGCGUCCUCUUUCUGGACGAACCCACGAGUGGGCUCGACGCUCGCAGCGCCAAGAUCGUCAUGUCAGGCAUUCGACGCAUUGCCUCCACGGGCCGGACGGUUGUCUGUACGAUCCAUCAGCCGUCGACCGAAGUGUUUGAAAUGUUCGACCGCCUGCUCCUGCUCCAGCGCGGUGGUCAGACCGUAUUUUUUGGCGACUUGGGGCCGCAAUCGAUCCAUCUGAUCGAGUACUUUUCCCGCGUUGACGCAGCUUUGCCUCCCCUCGUCGAAGGGGCCAACCCGGCGACAUGGAUGCUCGAAUGUAUUGGAGCGGGGGUGGAAGUGAAGUCCCCGGCCAGUGCCGAAAUCGACUUUGUCCGAGUGUUUCAGCAAAGCCCAGAGUUCCAAGCGCUCAAUUCUGCCGUCGCCAAAGUCGCCUCUCCGUCCAGCGCGUAUGGUGAGCUGACGUUCAAAAAGAAGCGGGCAGCGCCGUGGGGAAUACAAUGUCGAUUGCUCGUCCAGCGCUUCAUGCGCAUGUAUUGGCGUACCGCGUCGUACAACUGGACCCGCCUCGUGAUUGCAGUCUUCUUGGCUGUGUUGUUUGGCGCGGUCUUUUGCAAAAUCAACUACAACACGUUUGCGGGGGCGAACGGCGGCGCGGGUGUGAUUUUCAUCACGGCGCUGUUCCUGAGUCUGCUUUCAUUCAAUAGCGUCCUGCCCCUGGCAACGGAAGAGCGCGAGUCGUUCUACCGCGAACGCGCGUCCCAGACCUACAGCGCUGUGUGGUACUUUGUUGGCGCCACCGUGGCCGAGCUCCCGUACGUGUUUUUCAACUCGUUCUUGUUCACUGCCAUCUUUUACCCCUUCGUGGGGUUCCAAGGCACGUUUCUGGACGCUCUCUUCUACGGCCUCAAUUUGAGCUUGAUGGUGCUCAUGAACGUGUACAUGGGCCAACUCACCGCGUACGCCGCGCCGCGUGUGGAAGUCGCCACGCUCCUUGGCAUCCUCAUCAACUCGAUCUUCUUCCUCUUCAUGGGUUUUAACCCCCCCAGCAGCUCCAUUCCAGCGGGGUACCGAUGGCUAUACCAUGUUACACCGCAAAAGUACAGCUUGGCGGCCAUGACCGCAUCGGUCUUUGCCAAAUGCGACGCUGGACAAGGCAUGGGUUGCGGUGUCAUCCACGACUUUCCACCGUUCAUCCUGGCCCAAAUUGGAAAGCCACAAGCUACUAUGAAAGACUUCAUCGAGUUGGUGUACGAAAUGAAGUACGACGACGCCGCCACCAACACCCUUGCUGUCCUUGGAUUCAUUGUUGUCUUCCGUCUCUUGGCACUCCUUGCUCUGAUAAAGAUCAACCACCAGAAAAAGUAAUAGCAAAAUCU